AUGGAGAGCGUGAAGAAGUGGCUUACUGAGAGAACAAAUAAGAAGAACGGAUUCUACGUGCACUAUAGCCCUCCUAAAUUAUUAGGUGGUGUAUCACCAGCUCAACUUCGCCAGUGGGCCCGUGGAGGUGCAGAAGGCAGACUGGAGAAAGCAGUGCUUGCCGGUCAGGGGCGGCGGCUACUGGCCGAAGCGGAGGCUCUACCCCUGGCACAUCACCUUCCGACCCUGGUAGCUAAAUGUGAUGCCCUACACGCAGCCGUUGAAAGAGGGUCGCUGCUAGAGCUUCAGGUAUUGCUGGAGCUACUGGAUUCGGAUUAUAAUCGCCGAAAAUACAUAACCUGCCGAGAUGAAGCUGGAGUUGGGUUGUUGCAUAAAGCGAUAUACUACGACUUUAUGGACAUAGCCAGUUGGCUAGUAAAGCAGUACCCUUUGCUUGUACAUCAGAAGGACUCGGAAGGUCGAACACCGUUGCACUAUGCGGCUGUUUGUCGUGACGAAGCGUCGGCAGCAGCGUUGCUGGAAGGCGCGGGCGCGUCGAGGGGAGCGAGGGACGCCGCUGGUCGCACGCCCGCCCACUACAGGGGCCCAGCUCGCACUUCACUCGCGCUGCCCACCGCCACCGACAUGGCACGCGAGACCAAGAAUCCUCCUGGGUUGGUGAUAAAGCGGCACAACAUCCGAAUAUGGUGCCACGACUGCGACAUGGCGCGCCUGCAGCGCGUCGUGUGGGAAGGGCACGGCACCAGGCUUCUCAGCGAAGUCUCCAAUCAACCAAUUGUGAAGCGUUUUCUCGAAGCCGUCCCUUACAUAAUGAAUACAAUACGCGACAUCCACACCUCUGUAAUUGAGAACGAUCUUGAAGGUUUGAUGAAGCAUGCCGGUGAUCCAGUACCACCGCAAGCAUUAUCUUGUAGAGACAGCAACAAUAUGACUGUUUUACAUAAGGCUGCUGGACUUGGCCACGGUGGAAUACUCAAGUACAUCGCUGAUCGAUACCCACAAGGUAUAAAUGACGUCGACAAUGACGGACGUACCCCUCUUCAUUAUGCUGCUACAGUAAGGGAUGAAAAACACACAUAUAAUACGCUGGUUAGUCUCGGGGCAGAUGAGAGCGCUGUUGAUAACAAAAAUAAAACACCAGUUUACUAUAAUAACAGACCACAAGAUAUAGACAAAAAUAUACUUCGAACUGUACCUGAAGCACCUAGAACUGCAUCUAGUGCAUACCCGUCCUCAUGGGACUGGAAACUUUUAGACACAGAGGUUAUAGCCGAAUUAAAUAAAAAAUCAAGAAGGAAGAAUUUAAAAGCAUCAAACGAAAAUAUAUCAUCUAAACAUAAUACAAAUACUGUAUCAGAAAGUACAGAAAAUAUACCAAAUGCUAUGAAAAUGAGUAGUACUCGAGAAUUUAUAAAAGAUUUACCAGAUUUAGAUGACAGUAAUACAUUUAAUGGAAGUAAAAAUAUAAAACAGGACUCAGAUGUAGCUGAAGAAAAUGAAAGCGAAUUUCAGAAUAAUGAUAAACAAAAUAACCUAGUAGAUAUUGAAGAUCAACAUGAGUCUGAAAAAAAUACAGAGGAAGAAGUUCCAAAAGAUGAUACUAAAGAUGAAGAUACAAAAAAUGACAACCCUGAAGAGGAAGACAAAGACAAUAUCCAUGAAGAACAUGACCAAAAUUCUAAUGUUGAUAAAGAUAAUGAUAUCGCUGAGGAAAAUAAAUCAGAAGACAGUAUUGAACAUAAUGAUAAUAUUAAAAUUGAUAAUGAUGAAACAGAAGAAAAACCUGAAAAUACUGAAGAUAUUUCUACUGAUACUCCUGACAAACCUGAAGAAAACACAGAAUUAGAUAAAGAAAAUGGCGAUAAUGAUCUGAAUAAUGAAUCUGAAAUUGUUAAUAACAAAGAAGAAUUGUUACAUACAACUGAUGAUGAAACUAAAGAAGAUGAAAAUAGUAAUGAACAUAUUGAAACUAAGCACAAUAUUGACGAUGAUUCUAAAGAUGAUGAAAUUCAUAAUGACGAUUUGAUAAAUGAAAAAGAACAUGAAGAGCCUGGUGAUACAGCAAAUGAAGGAAACCUGACCAACGGCCGAAAUACACAGGAAAGUCUUAUAGCAGGCAUUGUUAGUGGUGAAGCCGAACAGGACUCGGAAGAUGCCAGUAUCGCCCAAAGAGAUGGAUCAGUACAUGGAGAAGUACUAGUUGUUGAUAAUGAAAUAGACCCUGAAGUAACAGAACUCAUUAAUAAUGCGAACAUGGAAAUGCUAGCUACUCUAGUUUUAAACGGUGAAGGGUCAAGACUAAUAGGCCGAAGAUCUGGAAAUUCAGAACUUCAGGCAUUUCUGGAUAAUGUACCGAUUUACAUGCAAAAAAUUAACAAAGUACACUCAGCCGCUAGAGAAGGUAAUAUAAGAGAUCUUCAAGCAGCAUUAGAUAGGAGAAAAUUUGCAAUAGCAAGAGAUCCUAUAUCACCUAAUGGUGCUACUCCUUUGCACGUAGCAACCGUAUUUGGAAAAACAAAUAUAAUGAAAUAUCUAGGAGGAAGAUUUCCAGAAACAUUAUCUGCAGUAGAUUUUGAAGGCCGAACCGCAUUACAUUAUGCAGCUGUUUUACCUGAUAAUGGUCAUUACUAUAACUUACUGCAGCAACUUGGAGCUAACUCAAAAGAUUUAGAUGAUAAUGGACAAUCAACCGAAGAUUAUUUAAAAAACCAAAGUUUACUUCCUUUUAGUCAAUUACUCUCCGACUAUGGAAUAAGUGAAGAGGCAGCGCAAGAUAUGUUAUCCGACAAAGUACCAGAGGAUCAUGUAUCAUCGCGACGCGAUUUGGAUGUACCCGAAGCACUGGAUACUCUUGAACGCUGCUACCGUCUCUUAUCAUCUGCUAGACCAGUAAGGACACCGCUGUCGGCAUCUUCGAACAGGGCAUCGCCGCCUAUUGUAUUGGGUAGAUUUUUGAAACGGCCAAUAUUUGAUAUUAUAAAAUAUAGAGUUACUAAACUUGAUCAUGACCUGUUUGAUGUGAUAUGGCCAGCCGUUAAAAAACUGCCAGAUAAUCGCAAUAUUAUACAAACAGUUGAAGAAGAUUUUCCAGGUGGAAUAACUGCUCCGGACUACUACGUUUAUCAGCUUUUUCAUGAAUUUCUUACACCUCUUAUAAAGGACUUACACAAUAUUAAUGUACAUACUGAUUUAUCAAUACAUCCAGUCUCUGAUUUUGUAAAGACUAAUUUAAAGUUUUCUUCAAUAUCAUCAGAGCCAUUUGUAGAAUUAAACGUUGAUCCAAAUGACGAACUUGUGCUCUCGGGCACAAUUGAAUGUUCAAGAAAUUUGGAAGGUUUUGAACUACCAUUAAAUUUAAAAGUUGGAAAACUAGAAACUAUAGAAAGAAUCUUAACAACUAUACUGAUGCAACAAGAUUUUGCUAAAUAUAGUGAAGUUUCAAAUCCUGAGUCCGAUCAAAAAGGUGGUACAUAUUACACUUUAAAUGAAGUUCUAGAAAAACCAUCUGAGAUAUGUGCGACACUGGCUUCUAGUGGUUUAUUAAUAGCUUUAUGUGACAGAGAUGAGAUUGAUGACUGCACUCGGUUGCAUGGUAAGCAUUGGCCAUAUGGUCGUGGUGUAUUCGUUAGCGAAGAUAAAACAGUGGCUAUAUGGAUCAAUAUACAUGAUCAUCUAAGAGUUCUUGUUUCGACAGCUACAGACUCUCCAGGCGAAAUUGGUCUACCAUUCAGCAAAUUAGGUUCUAUAAUGUCAUAUCUUCAUGAACGCCUUGAUUUUGUUUGGAACCAAAAGCUAGGCCAUUUGAGCAGUAGACCUACCUUUUUAGGAGCUGGACUACGUUUCAGUCUUAUAGUAAAUUUUCCUGGCCUUUCAAAAGAUUCGGAUAAUAUGAAGCAUCUUUGUGCUAUGAGAGGAUUGCAAUAUCGAGAGACAUUAAGUGCUGAUAUAGCCCGAAUUAGUAAUUAUCAAUGCUUAGGCAUAACAGAGAUAAAUUGUUUUAAUGAUUUUGCUACUGCGUCUUCAAAUUUAUUGCAAUUAGAAAAAGAUUUAUCGAUGCAAAAUUCUGCACACAUAGCAACAAUGCUAACAAAUAUUUUUAGAAAAAAGCGAAGCAGUUUAGGGGAAUUGGAUAGCCCGGAGAAACAAACAAAACAAUAA